AUGAUUACUAAAUUAAUUGCACUCAACAUCAUUACCAUCCUCGCGUCGUUCGUUACGAUACCUCCGAUUCCACAUGCGCCUUCACCCGACAUCAAGAAACGAGAAGGCUAUUAUCAAUACGUCUUCAUCACAUAUAGUCCGGUCUUCACCCCGAUCGGUCUGAUUCUUAACGCACUCAUCUACACCUGGAUCAUGAUUUCUCCCGAUCCGUAUCCUUUCAACAAAGUCGAAAAGUUAUCCGAAUGGACGCUCACAGAUAUCGUUUGUUUCGUUAUGAUACUUGCCGGAGGCCUCCUUCGCGUCUGGUGUUUCCGAACGCUCGGGCGGUUCUUUACAUUCGCAGUAGUCAUCCAACCCGAUCACAAACUCAUCAAAGAUCCUCCUUACUCUUUGGUGCGGCAUCCGUCCUAUACGGCUGCGCUUAUGGUCUCGUUCGGACUUUUUGGCUUUUUUCAUCCCUUAGGCAAAGCUCUGUUUGGUGAAUAUGGACGGAUGAUAACUGCGUUUCUGAUUGUUACUAUAGGUAUUAUGACCGUUCAUUUCUUUUACAAGAGGGUGCAAUUUGAGGAGCGUGAGAUGGCUAUGAAGUUCAAGGACGAGUGGGAAGA